CGACACCUCACUAUUUACCCGUUUGGCAUGCGCAGAACGUAAUCGAAUACUUGGGAAGUAAGCUGUCGCAAUACAAAACGUGUGUACCGUAACAGGAAUAUUUCUCAAAAGCAGGUUGGGUCAUGCUCCACUGGAAAUUACACUGAAAACAACUUUGUUGCGAGCAGUACACCUUGAAGACAUGAUUAACUAGCUUCACGCAGACUUUCUCAUAACGAAUACAUUCAACAUACAAACAAAGAUGUCGGAUUUAUAAAAUCUAAUGAUACAGGCAAACCUGUCCUAGCGGCCACUGUAAAUUCUAUAUAAAAAAUUAUUGUCGCUGUUGACAAAGUCCAACAAAUAAACGAUCUUCACACCUUGACGGGUACUAGCACCCAUUCAGUCCGCCAUCUCCUUUGUGCAUCAAUUAAGAAAUCCGACUGGAAUGCAUCUAAUUGCCUCUGGGUGAUCUAAACUUACCAUUGGCAGAUUAACCCACAAGGACGAUACUCUGCAUGGUGCAGUAAUUAAACUUACCAUUGGCAGAUUAACCCACAAGGACGAUACUCUGCAUGGUGCAGUAAUUAAAUGAAAAAAGAAGACAAACUUUUGAGCGAAUGAAUUCCAAACGUCUACAUUAUGCAGAAUGAGAACGUGUUAUUUCUAUGCCAUCACUGCAGCUUGUUGCUUAGUUACAAUGGUCUUGAUUUUGUGGAGCGAAAAGUUAACCAAUCUGACCUCCAGUUGCCUAUUCUUUUCUAACCGCGAAUGCAACGAACGCAAAAGUAAAGGAAUAUCACAUGAACCUGUUAUAUUAUUUGACAAUCUCGAAACGAAUCGGAAUGCAGCGAGCUUGCCGCCACUUAACAGAAAAUCCAUGAACCAUCAGAAAACGAAAUCUCAGAAAGAUGCAGACAGCACGAAGAGGAAUUCUGGGAAAGAUGCAGACAGCACGAAUAGGAAUUCUGAGAAAGAUGCAGACAGCACGAAGAGGAAUUCUGGGAAAGAUGCAGACAGCACGAAUAGGAAUUCUGAGAAAGAUGCAGACAGCACGAAGAGGAAUUCUGGGAAAGAUGCAGACAGCACGAAGAGGAAUUCUGAGAAAGAUGCAAUUUACAAAGGUGGAAAGGAAGAUAAUGUCUAUGAAAGUCACAGGAAAGAUAGCGUAUUGAACAAUGAGAAAAAAGAUGUAAGUGGAAAGAAAGACAAGGCCAAUGGAAGUGGCAAGAAAGAUAACACCUAUGGACGUAGCACGAAAGUUACCGUCUAUAUAAACGAUGGAAAAAAUAAUGUUGAUGAAAAUGGCAAGAAAAAUAAGGUUUAUGAUGGUGACAAGAAAGAUAGCAACUAUGAAAAUGAUAAGAACCAUGGCACGAAAGAUAAAGUCCAUGCAAAUGAUGGGAAGGAUGAUGUUUAUGAAAAUGAUAAGAAAGAUAAGGUCUAUAUAAAUGGCACAAAAGAUAAGGUCCGUGCAAAUGAUGGGAAGGAUGAUGCUUAUGAAAAUGAUAAGAAAGAUAAGGUCUAUGUAAAUGGCACAAAGGAUAAGGUCCGUGCAAAUGAUGGGAAGGAUGAUGUUUAUGAAAAUGAUAAGAAAGAUAAGGUCUAUAUAAAUGGCACAAAAGAUAAGGUCCGUGCAAAUGAUCAGAAGGAUGAUGUUUAUGAAAAUGAUAAGAAAGAUAAGGUCUAUGUAAAUGGCACAAAGGAUAAGGUCCGUGCAAAUGAUGGGAAGGAUGAUGUUUAUGAAAAUGAUAAGAAAGAUAAGGUCUAUGUAAAUGGCACAAAGGAUAAGGUCCGUUCAAAUGAUGGGAAAGGUGAAGAGAAGGGCAAGGAAGUAAAGGUGUAUAGAGGUGAUGGAGUAAAACGUACGGUCCACCAAGGUGGCAAGAGGCGCUAUUUGAUAUACCAGUGUGACGAGACGUCAACCUGCGGCGGAUGGGGAGAUCGACAGAGGGGAAUGGUGUCUGUUUUCCUUCUUGCUAUCGUCACAAACAGAAUGUUUGGAAUCAAUAUGACCAGCCCGUGUGACCUCAAACUGUUCUACAUCCCAAACCAGGUCAACUGGAUCGUAAAGAAACGAGACUUGAAAGCCCUGUCCAAAAUCCACGUUUAUGGAAUGGAUCGGAAUAAAAACCUUUAUAAUCUGCCGACACUAGAUUUCAAUAAACGCUUUCCUCAAGAUGUAGUUUACCUACAUACAAACAUUGACUAUUUCUGGGCAAUUGUUAAAAACCCCGUGUUUUCAAAACACCUCCCCAAAUGGGUGGCCUACGGAAGAAAUAAAGCUUUCAGGACCGCGUGGAACAUGAUGAUGAAGUACACCGCGCAUUUCGAGGAGCACGUGGACAACCUCAUGUCACUGACUUCCGGUGGAGAUCUGCUCUGUGCGCAUGUGCGACUGAGACGGAACCCAACCAUUCCAAACGACGCGAAAUCCAUCAACUCUCCAGCGACUGUCAAACAUUUGUGGAAGUUUCUUGAUAAGUACGUCACAAACUCGAGUCGCGUGUUUAUAGCCACAGAUUCGCUUGAAGUGAGGAAAAUGUCGAAAGAGUAUUAUAAAGGGAGGCAACUCGACAGCGGCGGAAUUAUCCUGCACAUUGACAGACAGCGGAAGUGGAGUCAGGCUUGCGAAGGGUUCGAAAUGGCGCUUCUGGACCAAGCGAUUCUCACACAGUGUUCAGUGUUAGUCUCUUCUGCCAGUAUGUUUAGUCAACGUGCGGCCAUGCUGUCAAACACCAAGGACGUGUUUAUCUUUCAAAAUGGUACAGUUUCAAAACUCAAAGUAUGAAGGUGUGUUUGAUCUCCAUAGACCGUAAAUGUUCACAAGCUAAAAUUCUUGUGGUUUUUCUUUAAUUUUAAGGCUAUCAACAGACACACACAUACGCAUUAUGCAAACGAACGCUCGCGCGAGCACGCACACACACACACACACACACACACACACACCAGACGCAUGCGUUGUCGGGCGGUUCUUACACAUUGUGAAAUUAAUAUCUGAUAUUGGUACAAUUUGAUUAUUGUUUUUUUGCACAUGAAUUAAUAAUAAACUUUUAAGAACAAAAUACAAUUGCACCAAUUAAUAUGUGGAAGAACAAAUGUACAGUUAAUACACAAACGUCUGUCCCUCGUGCACUCAGUCAUGUACAGUUAACACACAAACGUCUGUCCCUCGUGCACUCAGUCAUGUACAGUUAACACACAAACGUCUGUCCCUCGUGCACUCAGUCAUGUACAGUUAAUACACAAACGUCUGUCCCUCGUGCACUGAGUCAUGUACAGUUACCACACAAACGUCUGUCCCUCGUGCACUGAGUCAUGUACAGUUAACACACAAACGUCAAACGUCUGUCCCUCGUGCACUCAGUCAUGUACAGUUAAUACACAAACGUCUGUCCCUCGUGCACUCAGUCAUGUACAGUUAAUACACAAACGUCUGUCCCUCGUGCACUCAGUCACGUACAGUUAACACACACACGUCUGCCCCUCGUGCACUCAGUCAUGUACAGUUAAUACACAAACGUCUGUCCCUCGUGCACUGAGUCAUGUACAGUUACCACACAAACGUCUGUCCCUCGUGCACUGAGUCAUGUACAGUUAACACACAAACGUCAAACGUCUGUCCCUCGUGCACUCAGUCAUGUACAGUUAAUACACAAACGUCUGUCCCUCGUGCACUCAGUCAUGUACAGUUAAUACACAAACGUCUGUCCCUCGUGCACUCAGUCACGUACAGUUAACACACACACGUCUGCCCCUCGUGCACUCAGUCAUGUACAGUUAAUACACAAACGUCUGUCCCUCGUGCACUCAGUCAUGUACAGUUAACACACAAAUGCCUGUCCCUCGUGCACUCAGAUCCCAAUCGAGGCAUAGGAUUUUUAAUCCAGAUACCGACUCCAAACCCUGAUUGAGUGCCCUGCAAGGCUCAAUAAGUAGGUGUAAAUCACUUGCACCGACCAGUGAUCCAUAACUGGUUCAACAAAGGCCAUGGUUUGUGCUAUCCUGCCUGUGGGAAGCGCAAAUAAGAGAUCCCUUGCUGCCUGUCGUAACAGAGUAGCACGUGGCGACAACGAGUUUCCUCUAAAAAAAAAAACAGUGUCAGAAUGGCCAUAUGUUUGACGUCCAAUAGCCGAUGAUAAGAUAAAAAAUCAAUGUGCUCUAGUGGCGUCGUUAAAACCCCCCAACUUUUAACUUUUGUUAACCCCAACCCGGUGGUGAAGUGAUUACAGGAAUUUUAGCAAGAGUGGGGUCUCUCUCUGUGUGUGUGGUGUGUGUGUGUGUAUGUGUGUGUGUGUGGUGUGUGGUGUGUGUGUGUGGUGUGUGUGUGUGGUGUGUGUGUGGUGUGUGUGUGUGUGUGAGAGAGAGAGAGAGAAAGGGUCGAGUCACACUUCCUGGAAAAUACAAAUAAAAAUAGAAACUUUGCUUCGGCAUGGAGGGUUUCGACUUAAUACUGGGUUCGUAUCACAAUCACAAAACUCGCUCAUGAUGGGAGCCGGUACCGGGUGGUGAUCCCAUUAUCUACUAGCCUUAAAGGAACAGUCGUGGUGCACUGGAUGGAACGAGAAAUAGCCUAAUGCGUCCACCGAUGGGAAUUGAUCUCAGACUGACCGCGCAUGAGAGCCCAAUUUCAGAAAACAUCGUAAACCUAGUUUUGCACGUAAACGUAAACCUUGUAGAAAACCACCCUAAAUUCCUCCUAUAUAUUAUACAGGAUUACGUAAAAUGUCUUUAAAGAUGUAUUACACAAUUUAACAAAAGAUUUUAUUAUGUUGAUAUUUUUACAUUUUCCAUUCAGUUUUAAGCAUUGAAAUUCCAAGAACCGAAUAUCCCAGUACCUUUUAGGAACUGAUGCUUUCUAGAAUGUUUUGGUACUUUCUAGAAUCUUCCAAUGGCUGCUAUGUUUUAGUUCUUUCUAGAAUGUUUCAGUACUUUCUGAAAUGUUCCAGUGCUGUCUAGAAUGUUCCAAUGCUUUCUAGAAUGUUCCAGAUGGUGUAUAUGUAGGCCUAUACGUGCAUAGCUCAACUUAGUAUUUUUCAGGUGCACAAUGUCUUCAUCGCGAAGCUGCUUACAUUCUGGCGAUUCAUUUUGUUAUGUUUGUGGAUUCUACAUUGGUCCAAGGCAGGUAAAGCAUGGAAUCAAAGUAUCUACGAAAUUUGCACAAGCUUAUGAAUUAUACUUUGGCAUGAAGAUUGGGGAUCAAGACAAAUCAUGGGCUCUACACGUAGUUUGUGGUACAUGUCGAUCGAAUUUGGAGGGAUGGAUGCGAGGUGACCGCCCCUCGAUGCCCUUUGCCAUACCCCGAACACGGAGAGAACCACAGAACCAUGUGAAUGACUGCUACUUCUGUAUGGUGGACAUUACAAGAUUCAAGAAAACGAAAAAUCGACUUGAUAUCACAUAUUCAUAUAUACCAUCAUCUAUUGCUCCAGUUCCACACUCUGAAUAACUAUCUGUCCCGAGACCACCUGCUAAGAUUUGGAGAGUGAAGGUGAAAAGUUUGAAUCUGAAUCUGAAGAAUCUUACGUUGGUCAUACUGGCGAAGAAAAGAAGCAACCACACUUUCCAAACUAGUAGGAACUGGAUGAUUUGAUUCGAGAUCUCGGGAUGACGAAGUCUAAUGCAGAACUUCUAACAUCAAGACUGAUGGAGUGAAACCUUUUGGACAACAGUUGUCGAACUACAGCUGCUAGGAAAAGACAAGAUGAUUUAUUUUUCUGUAAUGACGUUGAGAACUUGUUUCAAGAACUGGGUAUUGGUCACGAAACAAACGAUUGGCGUUUCUUCAUAGACAGUUCCUCACGAAGUCUCAAAUGUGUUCUUCUGAAUAUUGGGAAUCAGAAUCCAUCAACACCAAUUGAGCACUCUGUACAUAUAAAGGAAAACUAUGAAAAUGUAAAAUUUCUUCUGCAAACUAUAGACUACAACAGGUACAAAUGGCAAGUCUGUGGCGAUUUCAAAAUGAUUAGCUUCUUAAAAGGACUUCUAGGAGACUAUACAAAACAUUCUUGCUUUCUUUGCCUGUGGGACAGUCGCGCUACAUCUCAACACUACUGCAAAAAACACUAGCCUCAAAGAGAACACUUUAUUCCAGGAACACAGGCACUGAACAAACAAGGCGAAGCUUCCAAAUACAUUUCCAACAUAUUUCCAACAUAUUUCCACAUCUGUCAAAAGCAAAAAUCGAAGGUGGUAUUUUAACCGGACCAGAUGUUCGCAAGAUGCUUCAGUCAGAAGCAUUUAAAGGAAAAAAUGACAUCAUAGGAAAGAAACGCUUGGAGGUCGUUUAGAGAAGUGGUUGAAAAUUUCCUUGGGAAUAACAAAAGUAGGAAUUACGAAGAGUUAAUAGAAAAGUUGAUAAAGACUUAUGAAAAGCUUGGAUGCCAGAUGUUUUUGAAAUUGCAUUUCCUCCAUUCUCACCUUAAUUUCUUCAGUGAAAAUAUGAGUGACAUCAAUGAAGAACACGGCGAAAGAUUUCACCAAGAUAUAUCAAGUAUGGAAAAAUAUAUCAAUGGAAAUGGGACUGCAACAUGAUAGGUGACUAUCGGGGGGUAGUACGUGAUGUAAUGUCAUCGACGAAGAGUACAAAAAACCCUGUUUAUUUGUGAUUUGUAAUCUUUGUUGUUGAUUUAUACCUGUAUAGUAGAACGUUCAGAAUAUCUAUGUAAUAUUUGUUAAUAAAUGCCAUUAAAAUCCA